GCCGUUUUCACAACAAAAACACCGUAUAAAAGCACCGAGUGUCGCUCCGCUGCGGCCCGGGAACACUGCCGAGGCUCCGCCGCUGUCAUGUCCAGCAUCCAGCUGCUCAGAGUGCUCGUUAACGAGCGGCUGUCUGCGGCCGCGGAGGAGAUCUUCGAGGCGGUUAAAAAAACCAUCGCGGGCUACGAGGAGGAGAUCUUGCUCUCCAAACGGGAGAUCCACCGGCAGCGCAGGAUGCUGCGGACAGUUUUACAACCUGAAAUAAAGAUAAACAAACACUCAGACCAGCCACAGCUGGCUCUCUCCGUCUGGGACGAGGACUUCACAUCAGACCAGCAGGAACACUGUGAUCAGGACUGGAGCUCCGGUCUCGACCAUGACGACCAGGAGCAUCUACACACUGCCAAGAGCCAGGAGGAACCGGCCAGCGGUCCAGAGGAGGAGGAGGAAGAGGAGGACAACACCAUCAGGUACAUUUUUACUCCUCCAUACGUGAAGAGUGAGCUGGACCAGCCGCCCUCCGGUCCUCAGAGCACCGAGGGAGAUCCUGUGCCGAGCACUUCGGCCGAGCAGGACCAGACGAAGGUGGAGGACGAUGACGCAGUGUCCUUCAGCUCCUCUAUAGCCGAACAUGACGAGGACAGUGGCGAGGAGUGGAGGGGCAGCGUGGGGUCUCAGAGCGACGACAGCGACCGCAAGUGGAAGAAGAAGAAGAGGAAGGGGCCUCGUCUGCCAAUGGCCCCGAAACUGCCCCUCACCAAAAAAAGUAAAUCAAGAAUCUGCUGUAAAGUGUGCGGGAAGGCCUUCCACGCUAACGUCUCGCUGGUGAAUCACAUGGAGAUCCAUCCGAAGGACGUCUGCGGCGUGUGUGGCGAACAUUUUCAGACAGAGGAGAGCUUUCAAGUUCACCUGAAGACGCACGUGAAAGCUGAAGUCUGCAGCGUUUGCGGGAAAUGUUUCGGCGCCUCAAGCUCUCUGGAAAUGCACAUGAGGAUCCACACGGGGGAGAAGCCGUUCAACUGCAGCGAGUGUGGCAAGUCCUUCAACUGCCGCCACAACAUGAUGCGACACAUCCGGAUACAUACGGGUGAGAAGCCGUAUCCCUGCACCAUCUGCGGGAAAUGCUUCAACGACUACUCCACGCUGAAACGCCACCUGCUGGUCCACAUGCACAAGAAGAACCACGAACCCAACGACGCCAACGACAAUGAGAACGGCGACGACGCCGAGAAGAAGAUGAAGACUUCAUCAUCGCCGAAGAAGCAGCAGACUCGGACCAUCUGCGAAGUGUGCGGAAAGAUGUUCCACUCCAUGGUUUCUCUUGUGAAUCACGCCAAAAGUCACGCCACAGACCUCUGCGGCGUGUGCGGGACACAUUUCGACUCCGAGGAAAACUUAAAAGUUCACCUGAAAACUCACAAAAACGGGAAGAUCUGUGAGGUGUGCGGUAAGUGUUUCGACAGCCAGGGAAGCCUGGAGAUGCACAUGAGGAUCCACACGGGGGAGAAACCAUUCCUCUGCAGCGAGUGCGGCAAGUCCUUCAACUGCCGCCACAACAUGAUGCGACACAUCCGGACGCACACGGGGGAGAAACCGUAUCUGUGCAACAUCUGUGGCCGCUGCUUCAGCGACCACUCCACACUGAAGCAGCACAGCAGCACGCACACCGGAGAGAAACCGCACCGCUGCGACGUCUGCGGUAAAGGCUUCCACAGAAAGACGUACGUCAGGCUGCACAUGAAGAGCCACACCACCGAGAAGUGACUGUGGACAUGCUGCAGUGUAAAUAAAAACUUUGAAAUGAAAA